CACACACACAUUUGUCUCCUGCCACCCACACACGCUCGGCUCUACUGGGUCGAUCGAGCUGAAAGAUGGGCAGGGUUGCGAUCUGGAUCUCGUGCGUGCUGCUCCUGGUGGCGGCAUGCCAGGGCAAGGGGGCGCCGGGGCACAGGGUGAGGGUCGGGUACUACAACCGGAAGUGCCCCGCGGCGGAGAUCAUCGUCAGGUCCGUCGUCGGCAAGGCCGUCUCCCGGAACCCCGGCCUCGGCGCCGGCAUCAUCCGCAUGGCCUUCCACGACUGCUUCGUCCAGGGCUGUGACGCGUCGGUGCUGCUGGACCCGACGCCGGCGAACCCGCGGCCGGAGAAGCUCGGCCCGCCCAACUUUCCCAGCCUGCGCGGCUUCGAGGUCAUCGACUCGGCCAAGGCGGUCCUCGAGAGGGUCUGCCCUGGAGUCGUCUCCUGCGCCGACGUCAUCGCCUUCGCCGCACGCGACUCCGCCUACUUCCUCAGCGGCAGCAGGAUCGACUACAAGAUGCCGGCGGGGCGGUUCGACGGGAGCGUGUCGCUCGAGAGCGAGUCGCUCCAGUUCCUCCCCCCGCCCGUCUUCAACCUCACUCAGCUCGUCGACAGCUUCAAGGCCAAGAACAUGAACGAGGACGACCUCGUGGUGCUCUCCGGCGCGCACACCAUCGGCGUCUCGCACUGCUCCUCCUUCACCGACCGCCUGCCCCCGAACCCCUCCGACAUGAACCCCGGCCUCACCAGGCUGCUGCAGAGCAAGUGCCCCGUCAGCCCUAACUUCACCAACGACCCCACGGUGGUGCAGGACAUCGUCACCCCCAACCGGAUGGACAACAAGUACUACACCAACCUGCUCAAGCGCAACGUGCUCUUCACCUCCGACGCGGCGUUGCUCACGUCGGGGAAGACGGUGACGAAGGUUAUGGAGAACGCGUUCAUCCCCGGGAGCUGGGAGAAGAAGUUUGCCAAGGCGAUGGUCAAGAUGGCUGCCAUCGAGCUCAAGACCGCUGCCAACGGGGAGAUCAGGAGGAACUGCAGGGUCGUCAACAAUUAGGGCUGCUCGCUAUUUGUACUAUUUAAUAUUGGAACGUGCGUGUAUGUUGUUCUGUUGCUGCAUUUUGUUAGUUUACUUGAAAGCCUUUUUCUUUCGUUUCUUUUGCUGCAUUCAGCUGAUCAGGUUGUAAUUCGAUUAACAGUGUUUUAUUCACGAUAGGUGAUAGAUGCCUGAAUAAAAUUUUCAUUUCCGGCUUA